AUGUUCCAUAGCAACAUCCAGGCCCCCGUCCAUCCGACUGGAAACCCCGCGCCUGGCGACGAACCUCAGCUCCCCCGCGGAGAAUGCGGCUUCAUCCUUCCACCAUCUGAGAGGCGGGGCGCUCGCCAGCGCUGCCCCUGCCGUAGCUUCUACCCCGACUCCAUCAUACGCUCCCGCUGUGGGUGCGGACACCAGGCGUGGAACCAUGAGGCCCAGCCCAUCUCGACUGUGUCAACCGAGGCAUACAUACAAGCAGUAGAGCAGAUGAAGCGGCUGAAGCAGGAGGUCAAGCGUUUCGAGACGCUGGAGCAAGACUUGAAGCAGGAGCUGUUCAGGGAGCGGCUUGCUCGAGAAGAGCUGGUGCGGACCAACCAUGCAGUACAGGCACGCAUGUACGAGAACAUGCAACUUCUCAAGUUGUCUAUUGACGACCGAGUCGAGGCCGUGGUGGAUAGGACAACAGAGCUCAGUGAUCAGAUCAAGGUGCAGGGCGAGAGGCUCACUAUGGUAGACGAGUUCAGCAUGGAUUUGGAGAACAGAGUCGACCGGGUGGAGCAAUUCAGUGGCAUGUCGCGAGACGUCACGCCUGCUGCCUCGACGCCAAAAACGCGUCUGUCAACACCAAAGGCCUCGCCUGCGCCGCCAAUGCCACUGUUGAUGCAGUCAAAUCACACCCUUGGUCAACUUCCGAUUCGAACUGAUAAGAAGUACCCCCUUUCGUGGAGCGUCCGUGUCGUCUUCGUCCCACGCAAAUCGCAGAGGUUCGCGUACGAUCCGGACAGCAAUGGCUACCGACGAUGUGCUUCGCGCAAGCUACUACAAACCCUCGAGUUCCCCAGUCCGGACAGCUCCUGUUUCGCGAAUGGCAUCGAGACUGCCUUCAAGGGCGUGUUCCGUGGCAGACCAUGGAUGCCAAUGACCGGUCAUCGCCCAGCCGACGAACCCUAUGGCCGCAUGGCGCUGACGCUCUUACCACCUGAUCUCGUUCACCGUGGUGUAUGGGAUUAUCCUUUCCUGGAGGACCACUGCAUCGCGCACGACAAAAUGCAAGGAGAUCUCCUGUACAUCACCCUGCAGUACGAAGAUGUCACCUGGAACGAAAUUCGAUUCUUGCCUCCCGUGACCGGCAUCGACGAGACCUGUUGGGAACACGACGAGGAGCUUGACGGCACUGCCAAAUACAAGAGCUUGGACUCUGAGAUUAUGUACGACUACCAGGAUCCUCCUCCUACUUAUUCAUCUCGAACUCACUCGAUGGCGACUAGGGCGCCUUCGGGGCUGGACGUCCUCGCCAACUCUGCUGCCAUGCUGAGUCCGAUCGAGCGCGCUCAGACAGCAUCGUCGGUCCGUUCUUCUAGGCUGAGCCCUCUGAGCCCUCUGCAGCGUGCGCCAACCCAGUCGUCAAGCCAUUCCAGUCAUCCGCGUUUCUCCUCUGAGCGCAGUAGCCUUCGCAGCUUCGACACGGAGACCACAGAUGACGAGCAUCGCGACAAGAAGCCCAAGCUGCGAUCGAAGCAGAGCAUGCCCAACGUCAAUGGCAACGGUCAUGCGCAGCAGCCAAUGUACGUCUCGGGUCGCUCCAAGCGUAAGAUGCCGGUCAGGGAGAAGGGACCCAAGGAGCCUCUGCAUUUCAAUGUCGCUGGUGUCGCCAAGGGCGGGCUUAACUUCCUGCACCCUCGCUCCUCGAAGGGAAAGGAAGUAGCCCAUAACCCGUAA